AUGAAUUUCAACAUCUUGUUUGGUUUCUUCUUGCUCUUCUGCGUCUCAGUUUCACUUGAAACAAGCCCAUGCUUGCCUGACGAUGUGCUGAAGGAAUUUGAGGUUAUGAAAAAGGAUCUCAAAGAUGUGGAGGCCAGGCUGACGAUCAAUGAAAUCAAGGUGGAGGUCAUUGAAACCAAGCUGAAGGAGGGUGAAGCCAGGCUGCAGGACGUUGAAACCAGGCUGGAGCGCAGUGAAAACAAGCUCCUGGACACUGAAUCCAGGCUUAACAACACUGUAACCAGGCUGCAGGACGUUGAAAUCAGGCUGGACCUCAGUGACAUCAAGCUGCAGGACAUUGAAACCAGGCUGAAGGACGCUGAAACCAUGCUCCUGGACACUCAAACCAGGCUAAGCAACACUGAAACCGGGCUGCAGGACACUCAAACCAGGCUGGACCUCUGUGAAACCGGGCUGCAGGACACUCAAACCAAGCUAAGCGACAUUGAGACCCGGGUCCAGGAAUUAGAGAACAAAGGUAAAGUGACAUACUGAGACUGUAAGUAUGAAAUUAUGAACAAAUUUUGGAGUUGUGAAACCAAUGUUUGGCUUGGCAAAUUAGUGGAACUUUUUGAUUUCUGAUUUCCAGUCAUCUUUUUGCUCUUCUGUGUCUCAACUUCAGACCAGUGUAACUGCACGAUUGACCAUGUGCUGAAUGAAUUUGAGGAUAUGAAAAAGGAUCUCAAAGAUGUGGAGGCCAGGCUGACGGACAGUGAAACCAAGCUGGAGGACACUGAAACCAGGCUGACGGAGGGUGAAACCAGGCUAAACGACACUGAAACCGGGCUGCAGGACACUCAAACCAGGCUAAACGUCAGUGAGAACCAGAUCCAGGAAUUAAAGAACAUAGGUAAAGUGUCAUACUGAGACUGUGAAGAGGAAAUUGUGAUUAUUAUUUGUAGUUGAGAGAACAAUGUUUGGCUUCAUAAAUUAGUGGGACUUGAUUUUUGUCCAGUCAUCUGUAAUUAGUAGGAGUACAAUUUUGAGGUCUAAAUGACGACUUUGAGGGGCAUGGAAAACCAUUUUUCCACACACAUUACAAUCUAGCAUACAUGCUCAUCUGAGUUUGUGACAUGUUGAAGAUUAACAACGAAAGUUUAUAAUGAUAUAUGCCUUGAGAGGGCCAAUGGCGACAUGUCACGAUGCUGAUCUAUGGUUUCAUCAACAGCAGAUCUUGAUUUAUUGAUACAAUGAUGUUUUGUUUGACACAGAGGAAACUAGAGUGGUAUUCAGCGCUGCAACAGGAGCAGCAAGCGAAAUCACUGAACCAUCGGUCACAGACACAACUGUGAUCUUCAGGAAAGUGAUUACAAACAUCGGCGACGCCUACAAUGCAUACACAGGUAAUUACACCAGACUUCAACAAUACAGAGAUUUAUAGACUGCAGCUCAUAAGGAGCUAAAUAAAACUGAUUGAAAGCACCUCCUUUCUUCAGUGGAAUAAAUUCUUGUUGAGAUGUUAGCAAAGCUUACUAAAAGGUGAGGACUAUAGAUCUGUGAUCACUCUGUUGUGUCCACAGGUAUCUUCACUGCCCCUGUAACUGGUGUGUAUUACUUUAGCGUGUUCUUACAUGCUGGAGGAAACAGCCAAGCGACAGUGGGUCUGUACAAGAACACCGAGGUGAUUCGUCAGAUCCAUUGCAGUGCAUCAGACACUGACCCAUCUGAUAAUGGAGGAAACGCAGUAUUCAUUCAUCUGCAGCCAGGAGACCAGGUGUACCUGCAGCUUGGUGCAAAAGCUCUUAUUUGGUCAAGCGGCUUCUUCACAACCUUUAAUGGAUUUUUAGUCCAUCUGGGGUAAAAUGGAUCUGUUGGUUGUCUUUUUCCAUUCUAAAAAAAAUGAAAUAAAGACGUAAACAGACAAAUAUUUAAGCGUCAUUUGUUUUCUGUCUACAUGAACUGUUAUUAAUUUAACAAGCAUUUUGAUCAAACUAUUCAACAGCCAUAACAACAACUAAACAGCUGUCACCUGCUUUUCACUCUCAGAUUGAGGUCAGUGAGUUUAACCUGGCCUAUUAGAUUAGUCCAUGGUAAUUUCUGAGUAAAAGAAAAAGAUUGUAACGUUGGGUCCUGAUCCAGAUAGUAGAGUCCAGAUCUGGGCUGCAGUCUGCCCACCUCAAUUGCUUCCUUGUUGCCAAUCCACUGAGCUGAGAAGUUGAACAACAGAGUCCUUACAUCUUAACAAGACAAGUAAACCAUGUGUCAAAUCCAGUGUUGAAAAUGAACCACUCAUGCAGUGGCGGUUCUAGACUAAAUUACUCCCCGGGCGAGCACCCCUCCAAGCCCCCCCCUAAAUAUAAACAAAAAUAAAAUAUUUCUUAAUUGCAGAAAUCCUUCAAAAGAAAAAAACACAAUCCCGAGGGCCAUUUCGAGAAGGGUCCCCAGAUCCUGAGGUUUUCUGAAGUGUUGAAGUUUACAAAAAAGCUGCUAUCUCGGCCUCUGUAGUCGAUAGAAACAAAAUUCAAAAAGUAUUUGAGAGCUUAAACAUGUGGCUUUCAAGAAAGCUAUCUUUUAGUUUUGUGAAUCUUCAUCACAUUAUUGAAAACCUUGAACAAACAAACUCAAAUGAAAUAAAGCACCUGUAUAAAAAUAAAAGUAAAGGCUCUGCACUGGAGAAUGACAAACAAUUUGUUUUCUGUAAAACAAGUGGCAGUCAUGAUAAAGUGUCCAUUCAAUACAAAUGUAAAUAUAGAAAAUAAGGUGUUGAAAGGGUAUACAGCUGCCCCAGUAUAGUGCCAGUACAAAAGCAGCUCUAAAAACCAGAAUAAAUACGUGGCUGACAGUGACUGACACUGACACUGACAGUUUCAUCUCUGUUCUCACCAUAGACUGUAUAUAAGAUGGACACCGUGGUUCCGCCUUCCGCCUGUAUACGGAUUUGAAGCCAAAAAGCUCUCGGUAAUUCCGGGUUCCUUGAAACCAGAGCUGUGCAGUAGCGUUAUGCGCAUUCGGCCGCGCAGUCGCCGAGAGUCCCUGUGAUGACGCUCGGGUCAAACAGCGUAUUCCCCCGGAAGAGCUACGCAAUCCCUGAAUGCCCAUAGGCUGUACCAGGUGUCAAUCAUAGAAAACAUGAACCCCCUAAUAACUUUUAAAAACGGAGCUGUACAGAAAAAAAAGGACUUGAGCACAAACCAGUCUUACUGUAUCUAUAUGUCAACAUCACAACCAGGGGGGAGAAAAAAUUAUGUUCUGUGUAAUAAAUUUCUAAAGUUUUUCCACAGUCCCAUAAAUUUUGCUGGCGGAGGCGGGAUUUAUGACCUGUACUGCAGCCCACCAUCAGAGGGUGCUGUUCUCGGAGUGGCUUCACCCAGCGAGGAGGCAGACCCUGUCCAUCUUAUAUACAGUCUAUGGUUCUCACCCAAAGUCAUGCAACACUCACAGAAAUUGCGAUAGUGUGAGCCAAAGCACUCCAUAUGAAGAGGUUGUUCACACUGCUGGAUGUUUCUCCUCCAAAGCUGCUCUCUGCCUCCGUCACUGUUUACUUUACUCAUGAAGCGCAUAGCAAGAUCCGAGCAUGAAUCCGAGCGCUUUAUUCGCCUAUCAGAGGCAGACGGGUACGGUGAUUUGAUUCACCACGACUCCAGAAUUUAUAAAAAACGACAGAAUGUUACAAAAUGACGCGUCCGCGCUCCCGGUUUAAGAGUAGAAAUGCACAGCCGCGCUCCCGCUGAUAUGCUGACAUGUGUACACAGAGCAGAGCUGUCCCCCCGCGACUCUCUCCCCGCCUCGUCUCACACAGUCUGUCAGCCUCGGUUAAGAAUUAUUAUUAUUAUCUUUUAUUUUAUUUUUUUGGAAGUGCUCGUGCCGCCCCCAAUGAGUCAUGACACAAAUACCGCCCCAGGCGGCUGCCCUGUUCACCCGUGCCUAGAACCGCUACUGCACUCAUGAGUUAAAGUGAGCUGAUAGAUCAUAUCAGGCAGACUUCAAGUGGAUGAGCAGUCUCUUAUCAAGUUGAAAGAUGACUCUCCUGUUAGUGCUACAGUGCAAAGUGCUACUGACACACAUUUUAAUCUAGAUGUUUUACAACCAAUAUCUAAACCCUAUAUAAACCUUUAAUAAAUAUUCCAUUAAUAAUUAAUGAAAAUUAUUCAUCAUAAUUUCAUUGCUUGUUGAUGGUAAAGUAACUAUUAACUUACAUUAAUAAACUAUCUAUUUGCCAUUAAUAAAUUAUGGUUAUUGUAAAGUGUUACCGAGCUCACUGCCUCACUUAGCGGUAUUCAGCAAUGUCAAUCAAUCAAUCAAUCAAUCAAUCAAUCAAUCAAUCAAUCAAUCAAUCAAUCAAUCAAUCAAUCAAUCAAUCAAUCAAUCAACCAACCAACCAACCAAUCAAUCAAUCAAAUUUUAUUCCUAUAGAGCCAAAUCACAACAGUCAUUAUCCUUGGACGCUUCUUAAGAAGAAGAGCAGGUCUAGACCACGCUCAUCGUUUGAUGAAUUAUCAAGACCCAACCUUAAGGUGGGACAAAUUCGACCCAUCUCAUCCAACAUGAGUGACAAUGGUGAGAAAAAAACUUCCUUUUAACAGGCAGAAACUUUGGGUGGGACCAGACUCGUGCUAGGCAGCCACCAAUCCACUGCUUAGUUGGGGAGAAACAGGAGGGAGGACAGGGGGAGAGAAAGAGAGAGAGACAGGGGACAGCAGCAACAUUAAAACAACAGCUCAUACAUAGUUGUAGUUGCAGAGCAGCAAGUAAUGAUGAAAUAAUGAGUUCACAUCUGUUUUGGACCUUGGACUUUUGGCAGUUACUUUUGGCAUUAUUUAUUUAUUACUCACUUAUUAAACUUGUUAAAAGUUUCUUACAUAAAGGUUCAGAAAUCACACUUCUGAUUGGAGGACAAAAUGCUACAUGUUACCAUGAAAUACUAUUUAACCAGCCAGGAGGGUCUCAGCAGUCACAGCUGGGGAGUCUUGUUCCUGAAACAACUUGAAAGAUGAAUUUCAACAUCUUGUUUGGUUUCUGCUUGCUCUUCUGUGUCUCAACUUUAGCCCAGGAUGGCGGCGGUGCUCUUGAAACAACAUCAUACCUUCCCAACAUGCACAAUCUGCUGAAGGCAUUUGGUGCAAUGACAGAGAAACUUAAAGCUGUGGAGGCCAGACUGCAGGACAGUGAAACCAGGCUAAGCAACAGUGAGAACCAGAUUCAGGAAUUAAAGAAAAAAGGUAAAGUGACAUACUGAGACAGUGAAUAAGAAAUUGUGAUUAUUUUUUGUAGUUGAGAGAACAAUGUUUGGUGUAACAUUAGUGAAACGGGAUUUUUGUCCAGUCAUCUGUAAUUAGUUAAAGUAGAAGAAAACUUUUGAGGUCUAAAUGUUGACAGUGAGUCAUGUAAAAAUCCAGCAUACCAGGUCAUCUGACUCAGUGACAUGUUGAAGAUUAACAACAAAAGUUUAUAAUGGUAUCAGCCUUGAGAGGGCCGAUACCGACAUGAUGCUGAUGUACUGUUUAAUCAACAGCAGAUCUUGAUUUAUUGAUACAAUGAUGUUUUAGUGGACACAGAGGGCACUAAAGUGGUAUUCAGCGCUGCAUUAGGAGGAACAGAAGGACCCCUUGGACCAUUCAGCACAGACACAACUCUGAUCUUCAGGAAAGUAAAUACAAACAUCGGCAACGCCUACAACUCAGCCACAGGUAAUUACAGUAGACCUCAACAAUAAGUUUAACUCAUUACUGUAGCUCAUGAAGGAGCUAAAUAAAACUGAUUGAAAGAACCUUCUUUCUUCAGUGGAAUAAAUUCUUGUUGAGAUGUUAGCAAAGCUUACUAAAAGGUGAGGACUAUAGAUCUGUGAUCACCCUGUUGUGUCCACAGGUAUCUUCACUGCCCCUGUAGCUGGUGUGUAUUACUUUAGCAUGUUCUUACAUGCUGGAGGAAACACACCAGGGGUGAUGCAUCUGUACAAGAACUCAGAGUGGAUGCUUGAGAUCCAUAAUCAUCCAUCAAGUGACGUAACUGAUAGUGGAGGUAACGCAGGAUUCCUUCAGCUGCAGCCAGGAGACCAGGUGUACGUGCGACUUCCUGCAAAUUGUCAUGUCUGGGCAAACGAGCGCGUCACAACUUUUAGUGGAUUUUUAGUCCAUCUGGUGUGAAACAGAUCUGUUAUAUGUCUGAUUUUUUUCUAUACAAAGAUGGAUUUAAACUCUAAAUUCACUGAUUGUAACUUUGGGUCUGAUAUAAUCAACUUCAAGUAUAUUUUUGACGAUUGUCGCUGAAAUAAAUUCACAAUAGUAUAAAGAUUAAUCAAAAUGCUAAAACCUGAAGUGAUAGAUUUCCUGUUUCCUUUUUUGUUCAUGCUGAAUCUCAUCUGGUAAUCAAUAGAAUGAAGGCAGACCAAGUUUGUUCAUACCCUCCAGAGGAUGAACCAUUGUUUCCUUAUACUUUUAAGGUGUCAAAUAUUCUGUCAUUAUCAUUUCUCAUGCUCUGAAUAAAGUCCUCAAAAUUAAAUGUACUCUUUAAAUCCCUCUCCAAACAGACGUCAUGAAGAGUUAUCUUUUCCAAUAUGGGGACUGAUUUUGAUCGGUUUAAAGUGACAUCAUUGCGACUGUGUCUAUGUGAAUAUUUAAGUAAAUCUUCUUUUUCCAUUCUAAUAAAAAAUGAAAUAAAAACACAAACAGACAAAUCCAUCAUGAAACCCGUCUUAAAAUGCACAUACAAGAAUUAAAAAAGCAUUCUUUGCCUUCAUUUAUUUUCUGUCUACAUGAACUGUUAGUAAUUUAACAAGCAGUUUGAUCAAACUAUUCAACAGCCAUAACAACAACUAAACAGCUUUAACCUGCUUUUCACUCUCAGAUUGAGGUCAGUGAGUUUAACCUGGCCUAGAUUAGUCCAUGGUAAUUUCUGAGUAAAAGAAAAAAGAUUGUAACAUUGGGUCCUGAAUCUGAUCCAGAUAAUAGAGUCCAGAUCUGGGCUGCAGUCUGCCCACCUCAGUUGCUUCCUAGUUGCUAAUCCACUGAGCUGAGAAGUUGAACAACAGAGUCCUUACAUCUUAACAAGACAAGUAAACCAUGUGUCAAAUCCAGUGUUGAAAAUGAACCACUCAUGAGUUAAAGCGAGCUGCAGCCAUAUCGAUUCUCAAACAUAGACGUGUAACGUAGCUAGCAUAAUAUGAAGCUAAGCUAGCAUAAUAUGAAGCUAAGCUAGCUUACUAACCAGCUGAGGGCAUCUGUUUCAAAGUCCAGUAAACAUUUGCACGAAAGAAAAAGCCCUUAACGGAUUUAAUUCACAUAAUCGCGUCGCGCCCAGUUUGUAUAGAAAAAAUUCGCCGGUGAGACAUUCGCCUUUUCGCGUCACUUUGCCUUUUGCCCGGUGAGUAAAGACCAACAGUUCAUGAUUCACGUGGUGUAUAGAGGGCUCUGGUUAAUAUAUAACAGUUCAACCAUGAUAUAUGAUGCUGUUGUUUUCCAAGAGAGGAUUUAAAAAAUACGUCACAUCAGUGAAUGUCUUCUUCAUUUAUUUUAUUCUAUUUUUGACAUGCACAGAGAUAACUCAGGUGAUUUUCAGUGCAGCUACAGGAGGAGGAUUCUCAUAGAUCGGACCUUUCAGCAUGAAUGUGAUACUCACAAAAUAAGUAUUUUGUUGAGGUAUUAUUACUGUUAGUUUCCCUUUCUCUAAGAGUCACAUUUUGGUUUAUUGCAACUGUAUUACUUUUCUUUUGCUGUCUAAUUUAUUUAUGUGAGAAAUUACAGAGAAACAGACAAUGACAUUUGGUUUUACAAAAUGGACACUUGAUGGCAGCACCGACCUGUGGCGUCACUGGGACUUUAAGGUAGGUAAUGGGAGCUGGGCUGAUUAUCCGGGGUGAAUGGAGAAAGAGGAUAUACAGCUGUCAUGUUUUCUUGAUUCCUGUGGAAUAAUCCUCAUAUUUCCAGGUCAGUUAUUCAUAUUUUAUGUGAUCACAAAUGUUUAUAAGCUAAAGAGAAUCCCCGGUGAUGUGUUAUUGGUGAGCUAAAAUUGUGUUCCGCGUGUAAACAUUGGAGUCUCCUGUUAGUGCUACAGUGCAAAGUGCUACUGACACACAUUUUAAUCUAGAUGUUUUACAACCAAUAUCUAAACCCUAUAUAAACCUUUAAUAAAUAGUCCAUUAAUAAUUAAGUUAUUAAUCAUAAUUUCAUUGCAACAUUAAAACAACAGCUCAUACAUAGUUGUAGUUUCAGAGCAGCAAGUAAUGAUGAAAUAAUGAGUUCUCAUCUGUUUUGGACCUUGGACUUCUGGCAGUUACUUUUGGCAUUAUUUAUUUUUAACCCACUCAUUAAACUUGUUAAAAGUUUCUUACAUAAAGGUUCAGAAUUCACACUUCUGAUUGGAGGACAAAAUGCUACAUGUUACCAUGAAAUACUAUUUAACAGGCCAGGAGGGUCUCAGCAGUCACAGCUGUGGAGUCUUGUUCUUGAAACAACUUGAAAGAUGAAUUUCAACAGUGAAACCAGGCUAAGCAACAGUGAGAACCAGAUUCGGGAAUUAAAGAAAAAAGGUAAAGUGACAUACUGAGACAAUGAAGAAGAAAUUGUGAUUAAUUUUUGUAGUUGAGAGAACAAUGUUUGGUUUAACAUUAGUGGAACGUGAUUUUUGUCCAGUCAUCUGUAAUUAGUUAAAGUAGAAGAAAACUUUUGAGGUCUGAAUGUUGACAGUGAGUCAUGUAAAAAUCCAGCAUACCAGGUCAUCUGACUCAGUGACAUGUUGAAGAUUAACAACAAAAGUUCAUAAUGAUAUCAGCCUUGAGAGGGCCGAUACCGACAUGAUGCUGAUGUACUGUUUAAUCAACAGCAGAUCUUGAUUUAUUGAUACAAUGAUGUUUUAGUGGACAAAGGAGGAAACUAAAGUGGUAUUCAGCGCUGCAUCAGGAGGAUCAGGCGAAACCCUUGGACCAUUCAACACAGACACAACUAUGAUUUUCAAGAGAGUGAUUACAAACAUCGGCAACGCCUACAGUGCACACACAGGUAAUUACACUAGACUUCAACUGUAAGUUCAACUCAUUACUGCAGCUCAUGAAGAGCUAAAUAAAACUGAUUGAAAGCACCUCCUUUCUUCAGUGGAAUAAAUUCUUUUAAAGGUGAGGACUAUAGAUCUGUGAUCACUCUGUUGUGUCCACAGGUACCUUCACUGCACCUGUAGCUGGUGUGUAUUACUUUAGCAUGUUUUUACAUGCUGGAGGAAGCAGUCGAGCGUCAAUGCAUCUGUACAAGAACACCGAGGUGAUGCUUCACGUCUAUGAUCAUCCAUCAGUCGCUGACACAGCUGAUAAUGGAGGAAUCGCCGUGUUCCUGCAGCUGCAGCCAGGAGACCAGGUGUACGUGCGACUUCCUGCAAAUUGUCAUGCUUAUACACACGACUAUGUCACCACUUUUAAUGGAUUUUUAGUCCAUCAGGUGUAAAAUGAAUCUGUUGGUUGUCUUUUUCCAUUCGAAUAAAAACGAAAUAUAGACGUAAACCGACAAAUCCAUCAUGAAACCUUUCUUUAAAUGCAUAUGGAAAAAUGAAAAAGGAGUAUUUAAUCGUCAUAUGUUUUCCGUCUACAUGAAAAAUUUUUACAUGUAAAUUUUACCUUAACCCUAACUUUACAAUAACCAUGUAAGUAAAUUUUAUGGGUGGUUUAUUAACCACUUAUCAAUCAUUUACAAAGUAUUACAAACAUCAGUUACAACUUUACAAUAACCAUCUAAGUAAAUUUUACAGAUGGAUUAAAAACCAAAUAUUAAUCAUUUACAAAGUGCUACUGACACACAUUUUAAUCAAGAUGCUUUACAACCAAUAUCUAAACCCUAUAUAAACCUUUAAUAAAUAUUCCAUUAAUAAUUAAUGAAAAUUAUUCAUCAUAAUUUCAUUGCUUGUUGAUGGUAAAGUAACUAUUAACUUACAUUAAUAAACUAUCUAUUUGCCAAUUAUAAUUGGUCUAUAUGCUGUUUUUAAAUGAUGAUUAAACAUUAAUAAACUAUAUACUUAACAUUUAUAUAGAUUAUGGUUAUUGUAAAGUGUUACCGAGCUCACUGCUUCACUUAGCGGUCUUCAGCAAUGUCAAUCAAUCAAUCAAUCAAUCAAUCAAUCAAUCAAUCAAUCAAUCAAUCAAUCAAUCAAUCAAUCAAUCAAUCAACUUUUAUUCAUAUAGAGCCAAAUCACAACAGUCAUUAUCCCAAGACGCUUCUUAAGAAAAAGAGCAGGUCGAGACCACGCUCAUCGUUUGAUGAAUUAUCAAGACCCAACCUUAAGGUGGGACAAAUUUGACCCAUCUCAUCCAACAUGAGUGACAAUGGUGAGAAAAAAACUUCCUUUUAACAGGCAGAAACUUUGGGUGGGACCAGACUCGUGCUAGGCAGCCACCAAUCCGCUGCUGAGUUGGGGAGAAACAGGAGGGAGGACAAGGGGGAGAGAAAGAGAGAGAGACAGGGGACAGCAGCAACAUUAAAACAACAGCUCAUACAUAGUUGUAGUUGCAGAGCAGCAAGUAAUGAUGAAAUAAUGAGUUCACAUCUGUUUUGGACCUUGGACUUUUGGCAGUUGGCAUUAUUUAUUUAUUACUCACUCAUUAAACUUGUUAAAAGUUUCUUACAUAAAGGUUCAGAAAUCACACUUCUGAUUGGAGGACAAAAUGCUACACGCUACCAUGAAAUACUAUUUAACAGGCCAGGAGGGUCUCAGCAGUCACAGCUGGGGAGUCUUGCUCCUGAAACAACUUGAAAGAUGAAUUUCAACAUCUUGUUUGGUUUCUUUUUGCUCUGCUGUGUCUCAAUUUCAGCCCAGGAUGGCGGCGGUGCUCUUGAAACAACAUCAUACCUCCCCGACAUGCACAAUCUGCUGAAAGCAUUUGGUGCAAUGACAGAGAAACUCGAAGCUGUGGAGGCCAAGCUGGAGGACAGUGAAACCAGGCUGAAGAGCGGUGAAACCAGGCUCCUGGACACUCAAACCAGGCUGAACGACAGUGAGAACCAGAUCCGGGAAUUAAAAGAAGGUGUAGUGACAUACUGAGACUGUGAAGAAGAAAUUAUGAACAAAUUUUGGAGUUGAGAAAACAAUGUUUGGCUUGGCAAAUUAGUGGAACUUUUUGAUUUCUGAUUUCCAGUCAUCUUUUUGCUCUUCUGUGUCUCAACUUCAGACCAGUGUAACUGCACGAUUGACCAUGUGCUGAAUGAAUUUGAGGAUAUGAAAAAGGAUCUCAAAGAUGUGGAGGCCAGGCUGACGGACAGUGAAACCAAGCUGGAGGACACUGAAACCAGGCUGACGGAGGGUGAAACCAGGCUAAACGACACUGAAACCGGGCUGCAGGACACUCAAACCAGGCUAAACGUCAGUGAGAACCAGAUCCAGGAAUUAAAGAACAUAGGUAAAGUGUCAUACUGAGACUGUGAAGAAGAAAUUGUGAUUAUUAUUUGUAGUUGAGAGAACAAUGUUUGGCUUCAUAAAUUAGUGGGACUUGAUUUUUGUCCAGUCAUCUGUAAUUAGUAGGAGUACAAUUUUGAGGUCUAAAUGACGACUUUGAGGGGCAUGGAAAACCAUUUUUCCACACACAUUACAAUCUAGCAUACAUACUCAUCUGAGUUUGUGACAUGUUGAAGAUUAACAACGAAAGUUUAUGGUGAUAUCAGCCUUGAGAGGGCCAAUGGCGACAUGUCACGAUGCUGAUCUAUGGUUUCAUCAACAGCAGAUCUUGAUUUAUUGAUACAAUGAUGUUUUGUUUGAAACAGAGGAAACUAAAGUGGUAUUUAGCACUGCAUUAGGGGAACCAUGCAGAAGCGUUGGACCAUUCAUGGGCAUGAAAUAUCUAUCAUGAAAUACUAUUUAACCAGCCAGGAGGAUCUCAGCAGUCACAGCUGGGGAGUCUUGUUCCUGAAACAACUUGGAAGAUGAAUUUCAACAUUUUGUUUGGUUUCUUUUUGCUCUUCUGUGUCUCAGUUUCAGCCCAAGAGGACAGAAACGCUCUUGAAACAAGAUCAAACUUAAAUGGCAUGCUCGAUCUGCUGAAGGAAUUUGGUGCAAUGACAGAGAAACUCAAAGCUGUGAAUGCCAGGCUGCAGGACAGUGAGAACCAGAUCCGGGACUUAAAGAACAAAGGUAAAGUGUCAUACUGAGACUGUGAAGAAGAAAUUGUGAUUAUUAUUUGUAGUUGAAAGAACAAUGUUUGGCUUCAUAAAUUAGUGGGACUUGAUUUUUGUCCAGUCAUCUGUAAUUAGUUAAAGUAGGAGGACAAUUUCAAGGUCUAAAUGUCAUCAGAGUUCUGUAAAAAUCCAGCAUACCAGGUGAUUUGAGUCAGUAACAUGUUGAAGAUUAACAACGAAAGUUUAUGGUGAUAUCAGCUUUGAGAGGGCCGAUGGCGACAUGUCAUGAUGUUGAUCUACUGUUUAAUCAACAGCAGAUCUUGAUUUUUUGAUACAAUGAUGUUUUGUUUGACACAGAACGAACUAAAGUGGUAUUCAGCACUGCAUUAGGAGGACCAGAUAGACCCCUUGGACCAUUCAACACAGACACAACUCUGGCCUUCAAGAGAGUGUUUACAAACAUCGGCAACGCCUACAGUGCAUACACAGGUAACUACACCAGACUACAACAACAAAGAGAUUUAUAGACUGCAGCUCAUAAGGAGCUAAAUAAAACUGAUUGAAGCACCUCCUUUCUUCAGUGGAAUAAAACCUUGUUGAGAUGUUAGCUAAGCUUACUAAAAGGUGAGGACUAUAGAUCUGUAAUCACCCUGUUGUGUCCACAGGUAUCUUCACUGCCCCUGUAGCUGGUGUGUAUUACUUUAGCAUGUUCUUCCAUGCUGGAGGAGGCCGUCGAGCUUUUCUGUAUCUGUACAAGAACUCCGAGGCGAUGCUUGACAGCUCUGAUCAUGCAUCAAGCACUGACACAGCUGAUAAUGGAGGAAACGCAGGAUUCCUUCAGCUGCAGCGAGGAGACCAGGUGUACGUGCGACUUCCUGCAAAUUGUCAUGUCUGGGCAAACGAGCGCGUCACAACUUUUAGUGGAUUUUUAGUCCAUCUGGUGUGA